UUUUUCCCUGCUCUUAUCACUUUUUCCCCAUAUCUUUGGCUUUACCUCCUUUCAAACUCUUUAUACACCCUUGAAUAACAGUAUAGAAAGACAAACUAUUAUUGAUGUCCUAUUCGCCACGAAAUUCACUAGGAUUUAGCUCACAAGCACUCAAAGAAAGUCCUUCACGAUUAAAUAGGUUUAGUGAACGAUAUCAAGCCUUAACUGAGUCACCCGCUCGAGAUAAUACAGAAUCGUUCAGCAUUAUCCAUCGUAGCCCACUGAAACCUACUUAUAAUGCAGAACAUAAAGUCUAUGAAAAGGAAAAGUAUUUGGCGUACGAAUUACAAAAUGAGGAUCGCGGCAACUGGAGAGAAGGAGACAUUGUCAACGACAAGCCAUUGAACGUAGGCGAAGAAGUUGAAAUGACUGACAUCAAGAAGAGUCCCAAUCGUCAAGUGAAGAAAAGACUACUCAAGCAACGAGAGAAACGACAAACGCAACAAAAGCAAGUAGUGGAACAGUAUCCUGAAGAGACUACUCAACAAGAUACGCAGCCUGUAGAAACGGAAGCAAGUUCUCCUCUCCUAACAGAGCAAGUACAUCCAUUGAACGAUGAGCUAACAAUGAAACAGUCAGAGAAAAAGACUCAACCGACUCAACCGACUCAACCGCCAGAACAAGAAAGCAAAUUGCCAAAAGUUACUGCUAAACAUAGUAACAUACCACGAUACAUGCGUUCAACAGUCUCUUUUCAUGAAAAAGGCAACGGAAAUAAAGGAACUCAAAACCGUGAUAGUCUUUUGAAAAGUCGCACAAAGGGUGGAAUAACUAAACGAGUAGGUACUUCAAAUGUACCACGCUUCAAGUCCACAACCAAGAUCAACGCCACCAAGGAAAUAAAGAAUGAAAUGGCACCUGGAGAAGCGUUCGUUUCCAUGGCUGCAAGGAUAAAGUUAUUUGAAAGAGACUUAGGAAACCAUUCUAGCAAACUCAAUCCCAUUGUACCGAAGAGACCAGUUUCACGAGCUAACAAUAAGCAAAGCAGCAGCACCGCUAAUUCACCUCAAAGCUCUCAAAGUAAGGAGUCCAACGCUUCAUCUUCUUCUAUACCACGCUAUCUCCGACAAACUUCAUCCUCUUUAAGCAAAAUGAACACACCAAAGACGAUAUCCAAGGAAGUGAAGCAACAAUCUUCUUAUCAUUCAAGCAAACUCGCGGAUAAAAACAAUCCGAACGAAGGGUCCAAAGAGAGAGUGAUCCUAUGGAGGAAUAGGGUUAAGCAAGCUUCACUGGAACAGCAUCGUAACAAACAAAAAAGUAAAAUCAACAGGGAAUUAAAAAGAAAGGGUCAAAAUACCACCACUGAUAGCUUACAAUAUAUUAAGAAACAAAAUACAAACAACUAAUAACAUUUCCUUUCAGACUUGCUCAAUAUACUUUAAUUGAUUCUUGAUAGAGCAUUAGCUAAAAUUUAUAAAUAAAAACAGCACUGUAAAAAAAAUCGGUUUUAAUGUAAACAAUUUGUGGCGAA